AAUUUGUUUUCUGAACGCUUGCAUACUCGAUGUGAAAGAACUCUUGAUAGAUCUUACUACAACUACGUUUAAUUCGGAUAUCUUAUCUAAAGAACAAAAUGCCGAUCGUUUGCCAAGCUAAAAGCGCUGACCCAACCUUCCAAAGGGUCUUAUCUUGCCUAGAACAGAUUCGUCGUAAGUUCGAUAGCCAUCAAGAUCAAGUUGCAGACUUCCAGUUUUUGGGCAGCAGGAAUGACUUUUGGAAAAUUUUCAAGUUCCAUGACACAGAGAAGGAAAAACUUCAUGUUGAAGGCAAGAGGGCAGUUGAUCUUGCAGACCAGCUUUUGGCGGUUCCCAUUCCUCCAGCAAGCACCAACAAGGAAAUGCAAGAGCUGCAACAUAUCCUAACAAAACCACACUUUAAGGGUCUUCUUCAAGCCUAUGAUUCAAUACAAGCAAGUGAUUUCUCUCCAGUAAUCUUUGAAGAUGAAAUAGAGAAGGAGCCGUCAUUUACUGACCUGGGUUCAGAGCCAGAAAAAGAAGACAUUGGUCAAAUCAUCUCUGUAGAACAUCAUCAGGAAAAUGCUGAAGGCAAUGAUGAUGACACAUUCUCUGCUGAAACGAGUGUCACUACAGUUUUUAUUGAUUAUGUUGAUUGUGGAGUUGAUAGUGAUUAUUGUGUAGAAUCCAAAGAUGUUGAUGAAGCUGAGGGGGCUGAAGUAAGGAAUAUUACAGAGAACUUUACAGAAAAGGGCAAUGGCAACACAGAUCUCUUGUGGUUAGACACAGAUGAGACUGAUGGUAAUGAAACAGAGGUGUCAGAGAACUUUGCAGAUAAGGGAGAAGACACAACAGAUCUACCUGGGUUGGACAGGCCAACUGUUUCUCAAACUUAUGCCACUGACUGCACCCUGGAAGUAGAGGAACAAGGCAAUAAAAAAGCAAAAGAUACACUAGAAUUUGACAACAGAGAGACACAAAUCAGGGAUGUCCCUAUUACAACCGACAUUGAAAAAGUCACAUCAGUUAAGGAUGUUGAAGAGAAUGGUUUCAAGGAAAAGGAGUGCACCAUUGAAAACUUCAAUGUAGAUGGGAGUGGGCUUCAACCCAGUAACAGUGCUGUGAAAACUGUCAUCUUGUUUAGGAAUUCCAAAGAAACCCUUGGAAUCACAGUCAAAGCUGUUUUCAGCAAUGAAAACAAAGAGAAAAUUAUUGUUGCAAGAAUUUUAAGUGGAGGUUUAGCAGAUAACUUUGCUUCCCUGUAUGAGAAUGACGAAAUUUUGGAAAUAAAUGGUAGACCUGUGGAUGGACUGACUGCCAAUCAAGUUGCAGAGAUCAUGGAUGGAAUAACAGGCAGUAUUGAAAUAAAGGUUUUACCAACCAACAAAGACAAGAAACUUACCAAAGAAACAAAGGUCAGUUUAAGAGCAUUUUUUGAUUAUAACCCACUACAAGACCCACUGAUACCCUGUAAAGAGGUGGGUGUUGCCUUCAGGGCAGGUGAUGUGCUUCAUGUGGUGAACAUGGAUGAUGCCAACUGGUGGCAGGCCAGAAAGGAUGGCUGCAAUCAUGACAAAGCAGGUCUCAUUCCAAGUAAAGAUUUUCAGGAAAGAAGACAGCAGUUGAACAGAAUUUCUUCCACAAAUGAUGUCACAACUCAGAAAGACAAAAAUGGAAAACUCACUUCACCAUUCAAGAAAAUGAGGAAAAAAUCAGACUCCAAUAAAGUGCUUUGCGAUUUCUUGAAAGAUAUACCAAUUCUUGGUUGGCCAGCUUAUGAGCCAGUUGCAAAAUAUUUACAAAGACCGGAGAAAAAGCGUCUGCUUUUACUAAUCGGAGCACCAGGUGUGGGAAGGAAUGAGUUAAAGAAGAUGCUACUGUCAAGUAGUCCUGAUAAAUUCAUAACAACAGUUCCUCAUACGUCCAGACAUAUGAAGAGUUAUGAAGCAGAUGGCAAGGAUUAUUUUUUUGUAUCAAGACAAACUAUGGAGAAUUUUAUCCAGAAGAGGAAAUUCAUAGAAUUUGGAGAAUAUAAAGGUUGUCUGUAUGGUACCUCAAAGGAUUCUAUAACCAGGGCUCUGAAAUCCAGGAAGACCUGUGUCCUUAAGGUUCAACCUGAGGUGAUGUUGCUAUUACGAACAACAGAGUUCAAGCCAUACUGUGUCUUUGUGAAGCCUCCUUCUCUGAAGGAACUCCGCACAUCAAGACUGACAGUACAGACGAAAAAAAAGAAGGCUUCAGAUAAGUCCUCCAUCAGGACAUUCAGCGAGGAGGAAUUACAAGAAAUGAUCAGUACUUCUAGAAUGCUGGAGGAGACCUAUGGAAGAUUCUUUGACCUGACAAUAGAAAACAAGGACAUUGAAGAAGCUUAUGUCAGCAUUGUAGACACAUUUGAAAAUCUUGAACAGGAAGAGCAGUGGGUCCCUCUGGACUGGACCCAACAAAGCUAAAAGAAGAUCUGAUAUCUUAUGUAUAAAGUGUGAGGCUGGUUG